GCGUGAAGAACGUAUCUCCAUUCCCCAUCACUCCAAAUGUUUAUAAGAAUAUUCAACGUUAACUUAUAUCACACUUAAGUAUAUACAAACUACUCACAUCUUCCAUAUAAUUAGAUAACACUUAACGAGUAGUGUUUGAGAUACCAGAAAAAGGAUCGUCCUUAAGUAAUUUUACUAAAAUAUGAAGUUUGCAACAUCAUUUUUGCAACGAUCAUGCUCAUCAUGGAAAUUUGUUACGUGUAUUUAAUUACUACUGUUGUCAACGAUUUCCUUUUCAACAUCUUUAACAGAGUUUGUGUUACUGCUGACACGUUUACUAUAGGAUAUCUGACAGGUUCUCAACGUCGUGAAGGUGAUAAUGGUUAUUCUCGACCUGGUUUAUCUAUAUCGGGUGCAAUAAGUUUGGCUGUUGAAGAAAUCAGGAAUUUACACCCCUUACACGAUAAUCAUACUCUAGAUUUUAUUGUGGCUGAAACAUACGGUGAUGAAAAUGAAAGUAUACUAAAAACUGCAAUUUUGUGGACCCAGAAUAUAUCUGUUUACUUGGGACCUCAAGAAACUUGUGUACACGAAGGACGUAUGGCUGCUGCUUUUAAAUUGCCUAUGAUAUCCUAUUUCUGCGCUCAUUAUGAAACAUCCAACAAACAAUUAUACCCAACGUUUGCAAGGACGAGACCACCCGAUACACAGAUUUCAAAGUCAGUUGCUUCUGUACUUCGAGCAUUUCGAUGGAAAAAGAUCGCAUUAUUAUAUUCCAGUACAUCAGAUCAUGAUUUUGCUAAAGUAGCAAAGACAAUCCGACAAACUUUGCAAUCACAAGGAAUUGAAAUACGAUACGUCGACACGUGGAAAGAGACUUAUCUUCAUGGUUACGGGGAUAAUCCAUUCGAUAAUCUGGUUAAGAAUUCUUAUCAAAUGACUCGAAUUUAUGUCAUCGUGGGUUAUUAUUACGAGCACGUUGGUAUGAUGAUUAGUUUACAAAAACAAGGAUUAUUAGAGAAUGGUGAAUACUUUGUCAUUGGAGUGGACGUCGAACAAUACGACACUUCUAUACCUCAACGAUAUCUAAAAGGUUUAUUGAAAGAGGAAGUUGAAGAUGAUGCCAAGAAAGCUUUUCAAUCUUACAUUGGAGUCGUUGGAUCUCCACCAAUCGGUUUCGAAAAUUUUACAUACGAAGUGAAUAAUAAAAUGAAAACUCCUCCUUUCAAUUAUUCUAAUAUUGCUGACAUUGUCGGAGGAUGGAAAAAAGUACCAGCAGAAGGUGCAUAUUUAUACGAUGCUGUAUACGUGUAUGCAAGAGCAUUGAAUAAUUGCUUAAAGGAAGAAAAAGACCCAUUUAAUGGUCAUGUUAUAUUUGAAUACAUAAAAGGCCAAACUUAUAGAAGUGCUAUGGGCUAUAUGGUUUAUAUUGAUGAAAAUGGUGAUGCUGAAGGAAAUUACACCCUUAUUGCUAGAAAGCCAUUGAACACAACGCGUGGCGAAUAUGGACUUUACCCAGUUGGAGUGUUUCAAUUAUCCGAAAAUAACAGUGCAUUUCCUAUUUUGAAACUUAUAGAUACAAUUGAUUGGGUUAAUGGAAAACCACCAGUUGACGAACCAACAUGUGGAUUCAAUAAUGAAAAAUGUGCCAUAUGGAAAUUUGCCUUUGGGAUCACUGGAGGCUUAGCUAUUGGCUUCCUAAUUUUCUCCCUUUUAAUAUACAGAUAUUGGUCCUACGAACAAGAAUUGGAUAGUCUAAUUUGGAAGAUUGACUAUAAAGAUAUACAAAUUAAUGAAUAUACACCGACUGCUGUAUCAGGAAAAGCAAAUAGAAACUUUCAUCCUUUAAUUAGAACGAGCCAAAUCUCUCUUAGUUCAAAUCCCGAUGCAGAUUUUCGCUAUUCGACAAUAUAUACUCAAAUUGGAGUUUAUCGUGGAAGAGUAUUUGCAAUUAGAAGAUUUCACAGAAAAAGUAUCGAUAUUACUAGAAAAAUGAAAAAAGAAUUAAAAACAUGGAGGGAAGAAGCUUCGUUUAUUAUAACUCAGGACACAACAAUUCAGGAUAAUCCUGGCACAAAGGUCGGAAUACAAUCAAGUUCGCCGAAUCUAUACCAUGAGCUGGAAUGA